UGCUAAGCGAGCGCUCUACCAUUUGAGCUAAUCCCCCGAUGGGGCGACUUCCGAAUUCUAACAUGUAAUUCUUCAAUGUGUCCUCUAUGGCGCCGUAAAUUCCAUUAGCUACAGUUUUUAAUACACGAUCAUUGGUUAGCUAUAACAAUGUGCAUUACCAAUGUGCAUUGCCAGUUAAUUGAAGAAGACCCCAGAUUGUGUACAUAUUUAGCUCUAAACAGCGACGGCAUUAAUCUUGCCCUCGCCUUUUUGAAUUAAAUGAUCGAACCACCUAGCUGCGCAACGUUAGCUAACUUGGCUUACUGUACAGUAGACUGACUCAGACCGACCGAGUGGGUGGAGUAAUUACUGUAUGACAAGAAGAUGGCGAGCGGGGUUGGAAAACACAAGUUGCUCUCGAUGGGGCCAACAGAGCCCUGGUCGGUGAGGGAGAAGCUGUGCUUGGCAACCUCUGUCAUGAAAAGUGGAGACCAGAACUGGGUGUCAGUCAGCCGAGCCAUCAAACCGUUUGCAGAGCCAGGACGACCUCCUGACUGGUUUUCACAGAAGCACUGUGCCUCCCAGUACUCAGAGCUCCUGGAGACCACAGAGACCCCAAAGCGGAAGCGUGGCGAGAAAGGUGAGGUGGUGGAGACGGUGGAGGAUGUCAUUGUCCGAAGGCUGACAGCGGAAAGGAUUGAAGAGCUCAAGAGGCUCAUCAAAGACACACAGGAGAAACACCGGAAACUGAAGAAAGAGGCAGAGCUGAUCCAAGCCGGGCAUCUGGACCCGAAACUAGAAGAGCUAUGGGGACAGAUUGUGGAAAAGAAGAAACGGGAAGAGGAAGAGGCAGACGUGAAGAGGAAGGCCACAGACACAGCCUAUCUAGCCAGACAGGCGCUGAAGAACACCCCUAAACGGGUGCCCAGUGUGACCGUGUGCUCGCCCCCGGGGUGCGGUUCGCCAAGCCUCGAGUUCUGCCACGGGGACACCCCCCCGAGCACAGCCGAGGACCCUGGCACCUCGGUGAGCGCGCCAGGAGCAGUAGGGUUCAUGCCCCUGACUGAGGCCUGUGGGCUGGGCGGUCCAGAGGCUGGCCUGGGCACUCUUCUGGAUGACUCCCCGCAAAAGAAGCUCUUGGGCCAGAAAGCGACGCCACCGCUGUCCCCUCUGCUCUCCGAGCUGCUGAAAAAAGGCAGCCUCCUACCCACGAGCCCCAGGCUGAUUGGCGACGGUGACCUGCCGGGUAAUAUGACAGUAGCACAUGACCUACAGCUCACUGGCUCCGUUCUCCCCGGCUGCCUAGCGACAGGUGCCCCUACACUUUCUCGUUUGCUGGAGGCGGGGCCUCAGUUCUCUUCUCCGCUGGGCUCCUUCGCCAGUAACACCGACUCCUCCGGCGCCCUGCUCACUGCCGCUGCGCCCGCCGCUAUGGAUUCCCCCGCCUCGCUACACAAAGGGGGGGGCGAGGCGGGGGCCUCCCGGACUGGCCCAGGGCACGGCGCCGAAGACGACCUUGUGACAGUGUCCUACAUGGGAGAUGAGCUGGACUUGGAGACGGUGGGGGACAUCAUCGCCAUCAUCGAGGACAAGGUUGAUGAGAAUUCUGAGGCUCUAGAUGCGGCUGCAGUAGAGGCUGCCCUGUCGCUCUGUGAGGAGACCGGCCACGCCCUGUCGCUCUGUGAGGAGACCGGCCACGCCCUGUCCAGCCCCUGGGAGCCCGGGCCCUUCAAGCCCCCUGAGAACAACCUGACCGGGACCUCCCAUUCCUCCUCCCUCCACAGGGGCCUGGAGGGGAAGCUCCUAGGUGGGACUCCCGCGUGCGACAGCCAGGACAACCGGCCCUCUGGGUUUCAACAUCCCAUGGGCCUCAGCAGCCUCCCUCCCUCCUCUUUCUCCUCCAUGAUGCUGGAGCACAGCCAGGCUGCCGGGGCUCGCCUGCAGCCCGUGGCGAUGGGCGCGGCCCAUGGGGAGGAGGGAAGCCCAGUCUCUCCUCGGGCCACCAUCAAGUGUGAGAGGGAAGAGUGGACAACGCAGCAGAGAAAUGAAUUACCACGCCCAGACUGCGACGACGACCCCGUGACCAGAAGACACUCUAAGGAUGUGAAGGAGGAGGAGGACGAGGGGCCAAGCGACGGGGAGGAGGGGAGCGCCUCCGAGACCAAAGAGGGCGACGGCGGGGAGGAGGAGGAGGGGGACGGGGCAGAUGGGGCGGAGGCCUACAUGUCGGAGGUGGACGGCGAGACCGAGCCCCCGGCCAGCGAGAGCGAGGACGGCUACAGCCUGCACACGGCCUCCUCCUCCCUGCAGCUCCACACCACCGCCGACUCCAUCCCCAGCAGCCCUGCCUCAUCACAGUUUUCCAUGUCCAGUGAGGACCAGGAGGCCAUCCAGGCUCAGAAGAUCUGGAAGAAAGCCAUCAUGCUGGUCUGGAGAGCAGCUGCCAAUCACAGGUAUGCUAAUGUGUUCUUGCAGCCCGUGACAGAUGACAUCGCCCCGGGGUAUCACGGCAUCGUGCACAGGCCCAUGGACCUGUCCACCAUCAAGAAGAACAUCGAGACGGGCCUGAUCCGGACCACGGCGGAGUUCCAGCGGGACAUCAUGCUGAUGUUCCAGAACGCGGUGAUGUACAACAGCUCUGACCACGACGUCUUCCACAUGGCCCUGGAGAUGCAGAGGGAUGUUCUGGAGCAGAUCCAGCAGUUCCUGGCCACCCAGCUCAUCAUGCAGACAUCCGAGUCUGGCAUCAGCGCCAAGAGUCUGAGGGGCCGGGACAGCACCCGCAAACAGGACCCCCUGGACAAGGACAGUGUCCCCAUGGCCUCUCCUGCCUUCCUUCUGUCUCUCUUUGAUGGCGGCACCAGGGGGCGUCGCUGUGCAAUAGAAGCUGACCUGAAGAUGAAGAAGUAAGCCGCAGGGAGAACGUCUGAUUGGUAACCUCCAUGGUCAUGUCCCAGUUGAUUAAGGUAAUGAAGGACGCCACCGACGAAGCCCAACGUCCUCAUGUCCUGUCACUUCAAUUGGAUGUGGCGGGUCUCGCCGAGAAGGUGGGGUGAUUGCUGAAUUGCAGUUUGGAGUACACGCAACCCCAGCACUGAGAAGCACUUGUAGGCCCUUUUUCAGUACAGGACACACUGAUGUCAGGCAGGGAUGCAUGAGCAUUUGGGAUGCAGAAACCCCGUCCCACCAUAUGGAUGUCAUGCGUCUGUUAAACAUAGCUUAGAACUGUGCAGUUAUUACUUAUGAACCAUAAAAAAUAUUAAGUGUUUCGAUUACUGUCUGAACAGCGAAGAUUAUACUUGGUAGUGAUCUCUGUAAAACUUUUCAAAGCAGCAGUUGUUAGCUAGAAUAUUACAGCUCAUUUACAUAUGCUGUGAGCAAAGCUAGCCAAAGAGCAAUUUUACUGGUUGAGGUGUUUUUUCUUUUAUAUAUAAUGCUGUUAAUUUGCGAUGACGAACAUAUUAAGCAGGACAUUCACGCGAGCCUUAAAUCUAAUUAUAAUCCAAAAGUAGAGUGAAAUGCACUCAUAAGCGAUAUGCAGGUGAGGCCAUUCAUUGCUGGCGGUCUAUGAGAACAUCCCACCAUGCGCAGCAACAUUGGCCAACACAGGAGAGGGGCCUAUACUCCAAAGGCUGAAUCGUGUCCCCCUUCUUAACAAGCUUUGAGACGUAGAUAAACUCAUUGUUAAGUAAGGAGUCGUUAAAUGGGAUGACUAGGGUGUUCUGCACGUGCCUGUCAACACAGAACUAUAGACUUGUAUGUGUGUUUUGUCAUGUGUUUCCUCUGUAAAGUAUUUGUACAGGCAUGUCCUUUUGUGUACAUAUGGUGCCUUUUCUAAAGGCAAUAAUGAAUGUUCAAGAAACAAUAAAUAGUUGUUGCAAGAUUGA